AUGUACUCAACACCAGUACGCCUUGUGCUUUCCUAUCUGUUGACAUUUUUAGCAUUUUCAAUUGGUAUUAGCACCGCUAUAGUAGUCGACAAAGAAUUAUUGGGAGCUUUCACCCUGCAAUAUACUACACCCUUGGGACUUGGCGACGAUGCUGCAGGAUUUGCAAUCUUGAACGGCCGUAUUGUCGAUGAAAGCAAUAUUUCGUACCUUCAGGUGGACGACACAAGAUUACCUUUGGAGGGUGAUAUUGGAACUAGAAAUAGAGAGGAAUUUGCAAGUUGGUUUGCAUUGCAGAAUAACUAUAACCAUACAAUACCCUAUUAUGGUAUUACUUUUCUGUACAUCAAUAAUGAUGGAGACACCGGAAAUUAUGAUAUUGAAGCUUUAAGAGAUUCAUUGAGAUUGGAAACAUCUACUUCUCCCCAAUUGGCCAACAUACAAUUCGAUAAAAAGCCUGAAUGA